AGUGAGUGACAGCACGAAGCCCCGCCUCCCUCCUGCUCGGAAUUGCGGCCCUUCAUUCACCCAGAGCGCUCCGGUUUCUGUCUCUUUCCGCCAAAUCUCCUCCAAAAACUUACCUCAACAGCCACCAAAAUGAAUGAAGAGUACGACGUGAUUGUUCUGGGCACCGGGCUCACGGAGUGUAUUCUGUCGGGCAUCAUGUCAGUGAAGGGGAAGAAGGUGCUUCACAUGGACCGAAACUCGUAUUAUGGAGCAGAGAGUGCCUCCCUCACGCCGCUGGAAGAGGUGUAUAAGAGAUUCCAACUGCCCGGGAGUCCUCCUGAGUCUAUGGGCAAAACCCGGGACUGGAACGUGGACUUGGUUCCCAAGUUCCUCAUGGCAAACGGUCAGCUGGUGAGGAUGCUGCUCAUCACUCAGGUCACGCGAUAUCUGGAUUUUAAAGUGGUAGAAGGAAGCUUUGUCUUUAAAGGAGGAAAAAUCUACAAAGUCCCUUCCACUGAAGCAGAGGCGCUGGCAUCAGGUCUGAUGGGUUUGUUUGAGAAGCGGCGUUUUAAGAAGUUUCUGACGUUCGUGGCCGGAUUUGAUGAAAACGACCCCAAGACAUUGGAGGGAGUGGAUCCACAGAAAACCACCAUGAGGGAGAUCUAUAGCAAAUUCAGCCUGGGCCAGGACGUGCAGGACUUCACCGGACACUCACUUGCCCUAUACCGCACAGAUGAUUACCUGGAUAAACCCUGUAUUGAAGCUAUAAACAAGAUCAAACUCUACAGUGAAUCUUUGGCCCGAUAUGGAAAAAGUCCCUAUCUCUAUCCACUGUACGGACUGGGAGAGCUCCCACAAGGAUUCGCAAGAUUGAGCGCUAUCUACGGCGGGACAUACAUGUUGAAUAAACCAAUAGACGAGAUUGUUGUGGAGAACGGAAAAGUCGUGGGAGUCAAGUCUGAAGGAGAGAUCGCUCGGUGUAAGCAGCUGAUCUGUGACCCCAGCUAUGCCCCAGAACGAGUGAAGAAGGUGGGACAGGUGAUACGUGUCAUCUGCAUCCUGAGUCACCCCAUCGCCAGCACUGGAGACGUGAAGUCCUGUCAGAUCAUCAUCCCCCAAAACCAGGUCAACAGGAAACACGACAUCUAUGUUUGCAUGAUCUCGUUUGAUCAUAACGUGGCCUCAAAGGGGAAAUACAUUGCCAUCGCCAGCACCACAGUGGAGACCAAUAACCCCGAGGCGGAGGUACAGCCAGCUCUGGACCUGCUCAAGCCCAUAGACCAGCGCUUCACCAACAUCAGCGACCUGUAUGAGCCUACUGACCUGGGAGUGGAGAGCCAGAUCUUCCUCUCGCGUUCAUACGAUGCCACGACUCACUUCGAGACGACCUGCAACGACAUUAAAGACAUCUACAAGCGGCUGAUGGGCGUCGAGUUUGACUUUGCGGAGAUGGAAAGAGGACAUAAUGACAUCGUGGGAGAACAGGAUUAAAAA